GCCCGGACUGUCGGGUUAAACACCCGGGACAUGGUACGUUCCAGCGCCGUCCCCUUCCCCCCGCCCGGCGAGGAUGGUUUGCCCGCACUGUGGACGGGCGGUACCAAGCUCGGGAGACAGAGGGCCGGUCGCUAGGGUCCGUCGGAUGAUGGAGCUGUGCGCCUUUGUGGAGCGAGAGCUGGACAAAGUGCUGCACAAGUUCCUGAGCUACGGGCAGCACUGCGAGCGGAGCCUGGAGGAGCUGCUCUGUUACGUGAGCCAACUGCGCCAGGAGCUCAGCAGCACAGCCCUGCAGGGGGCACCGCUGUCUGCCACACUCUCCCUGAUGAUGGCCCAGUGCUGUCGAAAGAUCAAGGACACGGUGCAGAAACUGGCCUCGGACCAUAAAGAUAUUCACAGCAGUGUCUCCAGGGUGGGCAAAGCCAUCGAUAGGAACUUCGAUGCCGAGCUCUGCAGCGUGGUCUCGGAUUCGGUGUGGGAGUCGCGGGAGAAGCAGCAGCAGCAGCAGAUUCUGCAGAUGGCGAUUGUGGAGCACUUGUACCAGCAGGGCAUGCUGAGCGUGGCAGAGGAGCUGUCCCAGGAGUCCACCCUGAAUGUGGACUUGGACUUCAAGCAGCCGUUCUUGGAGCUGAACCGGAUCCUGGAAGCGCUGCACAAGCAGGACCUGCGUCCAGCUCUGGACUGGGCAAUCUCAAACAGGCAGCAUCUGCUGGAGCUGAACAGCUCCCUGGAAUUCAAGCUGCAUCGUCUCCACUUCAUCCGGCUCCUGGCUGGCGGCCCUGACAAGCAGCUGGAGGCCCUGAGCUACGCUCGCCACUUCCAGCCCUUUGCCCGCCUGCACCAGCGAGAGAUCCAGGUCAUGAUGGGCAGCCUGGUGUACCUGCCUCUGGGCAUUGAGAACUCCCCGUACUGCCACCUGCUGGAUGCCCGGCACUGGACAGAGAUCUGCGAGACCUUCACCCGCGACGCCUGUGCCUUGCUGGGACUCUCGGUGGAAUCCCCUCUCAGUGUCAGCUUUGCGUCCGGAUGUGUGGCGCUGCCCGUGCUGAUGAACAUCAAGGCGGUGAUUGAGCAGAGACAGUGCACAGGUGUCUGGAGCCACAAGGACGAGCUGCCUGUAAGUGCCAUCUCGUGGGGCGGCGGGGUGGGGUGGGGCAGUGGGGCUGACCUCCCUGUGCUCUCUUGGCAGAUUGAAAUUGAGCUGGGCAUGAAGUGCUGGUACCACUCAGUGUUUGCCUGCCCCAUCCUUCGCCAGCAGACAACUGACUCCAAUCCGCCUAUCAAACUCAUCUGCGGGCAUGUCAUCUCCCGGGACGCACUCAACAAGCUCAUCAAUGGGGGGAAGCUGAAGUGUCCCUACUGCCCCAUGGAGCAGAACCCGGCUGAUGGGAAGCGCAUCAUCUUCUGACGCUGGUGCGGUUGGAAGGGCUGUGGCAACAGGUCACUGCUCUUCCCCUUAGGUGGCCUGUCCGACCCUCGCAGUGCGAGAGGCGGUGGUGCUGCCCACAGCAGGGCGUGGGCUGCCUCUUAGGCUGUGGGUCUGAGAGCAGCUCUGUCCACUGCAGCCCCAUUGGGGUCCCUUCCUCCUGCAGAGCUAGGGCAAAGUCCAGAGCAGUGGACCUGAGCCUGACCGCCGCCUGAGAAAGGGAGCUGAAAUGGACAGAGCAGCAGUGUGACGUGCUUGCUGCGGUGAGCUGCGGGAGGCCUCAGUGUGUGCUCUCCUAGUGAUCUAGCUUACGCUGCCCUGCUCACUCUGUGCUCCCAUCCUGUUGGUCUGGCCUGCUGGGCAGCUGUCUUUCUGCUCAGUAAUAGGCAGAACCCCUCCUGGCCUCAGACAUGGCUACGGGAGCAUUCCUAGCCCUCUGCCAGUGCAAUGGCCAUGCUGUACAGUCCCUUGUGCAUUUACUGAUAUUUUUUGCAUUGUAAAUAUUAAAGCGGGAGCUGCCUGGAGCCAUUUUAUAAAUUCCAGAAAAUAAAGCCUGUUAGUCUUUC